UAGAAAAAAAUUAAAAUGUUACGAAGAAGAAAUCGGUUUUAAAAAGUCACCAAGAGAUCUAGGCCCGGUUAGCAUGAACAAUUUAUCUACGAAUUGUCUAGUGGAUGACACAAAACUGGUAAGGAAGAUCAUGGCAAUGAGCAACAGUUCAGAGGGGGUCAGGACUUGUGUUGAAGUGAAGAAGAUGAAAAUCGACAAGAAGAACAUCGCUCGAGUUUUGUCAGGGCGGAUAACUGAGGUUAAGUUCUUCCCGACCAAAGAUACGAGGAUGGUGGCUGUUGGAAACAAUUGUGGAAAUGUUGGAUUUUGGAAUAUAGAUUCGGAUGAUGAGAUCUAUGUCUAUUACCCUCAUUCAGGCAUUGUUUCUGGAAUCUCUAUUCAUCCGUAUUCCUUGUCAAAGAUAAUUACUAGUUGUUACGAUGGAUUUAUUCGCUUACUAGAUGUUGAAAAGGAGAGUUUUGAUCUAUUAUACACAAGCGCAUAUCAAGUUUUUUCGAUAUGCAGACCGCAUGACAAUAUGAACUCUUUAUUUAUCGGGGAGAGUUAUGGAAGCGUUGGCAGUUUAGAUAUACGGUCUUCGAAUCCUAAUUCAAUGUCAUGGGACUUGCAUGCAGAACAGAUUUACACCAUCGAUUUCAACUCGCAAAAUACAAAUUUAAUGGCUACCAGUUCAAAAGACGGCACUGCAUGCAUCUGGGAUUUGAGAAAACUUGCCCAUCUUGAUCCUCAGCCCCUUAAGCUUGUUAGACACAAGGACGCUGUCAAUUCAGCCUAUUUUUCUCCUUCUGGGAACCUGCUAGCAACCACAAGUAAGGACAAUAACAUUGGGCUCAUAAGUGGAGCAAAUUAUGAAGUUGAGUCCAUGAUAUACCACUCCAACAAGACACCCAGAUUCAUCUCUUCAUUUAGAGGCAUAUGGGGAUGGGAUGAUAGUUUCAUCAUGGUGGGGAAUAUGAAGAAAGGGGUGGAUGUUAUAUGUGUAGAGGAGAAGAAACUUGCGUAUACUAUGGCUGAUCGGGAAAUCAACGCAAUCCCAUGUCGUUUUGAUGCUCAUCCAAUGUUGCCUGGGGUGCUUGCGAUUUCUACGGCUGGAGGUCGAGUCUAUGUAUGGGACAUAUGAUUCAGUAACAUGGUUUUGAGUAUAAACUUCUUUGGAUGCAGUUUUAUGGGAACUUGAUUGUUGGACCCAAAUCUUUAUCAAUAAAUUAUUUAUUAGUGAUA